ACAGUUCGGGAGAAACACGUCAGUCGAACAGAUUGGUGACCGUCGUCGUUGCGGCUGUUUUGCGGAUUUGUCUCACUAUUUCAGCUGAGCUAACCGCGGAGCACAACUUUCCAUCUGGAUUUGCCACAAGACGUUGGCCGAGGUGUAAUUGUUUUCUGUUUGAUUGCGUUAGUUUUCUGAUAAAAUUACUGGACAGUGGACUUUUUUGUUGUUGUGGGUAUUCUACUUUGCGGCGUGUUGAAGGUGGCGAGAGAAAGUUUUUUUUGCUUUCCGUUUCCCAUCUAGCUACAAUCGGACCAGUUCAGUCGCAAAAUGGGGCAGCGCCGUUGGAUUUGGCUGCUAAUUGCGGCGGUGGCAUUUGAGGUGCUGCAGCUUACAGCCGGUGCGGCCGUAAUGUCGGUGGAUCUGGGUAGCGAGUGGAUGAAGGUUGGCGUUGUCUCGCAGGGUGUACCCAUGGAAAUUGCGCUGAAUAAGGAGUCCAAGCGAAAGACGCCAACGGCGAUUGCCUUUCGGGAUGGUGACCGCGUUGUGGGAGAAGAUGCCUACAACAUUGGCGUGCGGUUUCCCACGAAUAAUUUCGCCUAUCUGAUUGAUCUGCUGGGUAAAACGAUAGACAAUCCAAUGGUUGAACUAUACAGACAACGCUUCCCGUAUUACGACAUUGUGGAAGACCCGGUACGCCACACGGUAGUGUUCCGCAACGGCGAAGAUCUGUACACGAUCGAGGAGCUAAUCGCGCAGAUCUUGCAGGUCGCUAAAGGUUACGCCGAGGAUGCUACCGGGCAAACGGUUACCCAAUGCGUUCUAGUGGUACCGGGUUUCUUCGGCCAGGCCGAACGACAGGCACUGGUAGCGUCGGCGAAGCUGGCCAACUUGAACGUGCUGCAGCUGAUCAAUGAUUACACGGCUGUGGCCCUGAACUAUGGCAUCUUCCGGCGGAAGGAGUUCAACGAAACGGCGCAUUACUUUGUGUUCUACGAUAUGGGGGCGUACAAGACGACCGCUUCGGUAAUUAGUUAUCAGCUGGUUAAGGAUAAAGCCACCCGAGAGGUGCUACCCGUGGUUCAGGUGAUUGGUGUAGGCUACGACCGAACCCUAGGUGGGUUGGAAAUGCAAAUUCGUCUUCGGGAUUUCCUUGGAAAAGAGUUUGAUAAGAUGGGCAAGACGAAAAAUAGUGUGUUUAAAAAUCCGCGAGCGCUAGCUAAAUUAUUCAAAGAAGCAGGUCGAUUGAAGAACGUUCUUAGCGCCAACACGGAACACUACGCACAGAUCGAAGGUUUACUAGACGAGCAAGAUUUUCGACUGCUUGUAACACGGGAACAGUUCGAGAAGCUAUGUGAGGAUUUAUUUGCGCGGGUUACUGGUCCGAUCGAUCGUGCUUUAGCUGCGUCAGGACUUUCGAUCGAACUAAUGAACCAAGUGGUGCUUUUCGGAGGCAACACGCGAGUACCGAAGGUGCAGGAAGUACUUAAAGCUCACAUCAAGCAAGAAUUAGGUAAAAAUUUGAAUGCUGACGAGGCGGCCUGCAUGGGAGCUGUUUACAGAGCAGCGGAUCUGGCUACUGGAUUUAAGGUGAAAAAGUUUGUUGUCAAGGAUGCCGUUCUCUUCCCGAUUCAGGUUGUCUUUGCUCGUGAAGGAGAUAGCGCGAAAAUGGUUCGAAGGACUCUUUUCGGUGCGAUGAACGCCUAUCCACAGAAAAAGGUUAUCACCUUCAAUAAGCACACUGACGACUUUGAUUUUUCGGUCGAUUAUGCCGACCUUGAUUCGGUGCUCAGCAAGGAGGAGAUUACUAACUUGGGUUCGCUGAAUCUCACCCGUGUGAGCCUAAAAGAAGUGGGCAAAAAGCUUAACGCUUCGUUAGCGUCGGAUAAUGUUGUAUCAAAGGGCAUCAAGGCACACUUCGCUCUGGAUGAUUCUGGUCUGUUUUCACUGGCUAACGUAGAGCUAGUUUUGGAAAAUACAGUCAAAGAGGAAGAAGAAGGGCCACUGCAGAAAAUAGGCAACACAAUUAGUAAACUCUUCUCAGGAAAUUCUGACGAUGACAAAGCAACUGUUACGGAAGAGACAACCAAAGAGGAAAGUUCCAGCGAGCAAGGAGAAGAAUCGAAACCAGAGGAGCCGGCAAGCAAUGUGACUAAUGCGGAAAAUGCCACCGCUGCGGAGGGAACCAAUUCCACUCAGAACAAAACCGAACAAAUCAAAACGGUCACAGUUCGCAAGCAGAUUCCUGCGGAUAUUGAACUGGCCUUCGUUAAACCUUUGGACGGUGCCGAUUUUGAAAGUUCUCUAGCUAAGAUUCGUGCUUUGAAUGAAGCUGAUAGUAGCAAAAAACGUCGUGAAACUGCAUUAAAUGCUUUGGAAAGCUUUGUUAUCGAUGCACAGGUAAAACUUGACGAAGAAGAGUAUGCGUCAUGUGCCACACCGGAAGAGGCGCAAUCUAUUCGAAAAUCUUGUGGCGAAAUUUCCGAAUGGUUGUACGAGGAUGGCAUUGAUGCUGACGCUGAGACGUUCGAGAAGAAACUGGAAGAGGUUCGAUCGGUUGCCCACCAGGUCUACGCACGACACUGGGAACACAAGGAAAGGCCAGAAGCGCUGAAAGCACUGGCAAAGAUGAUUGAAGGCGCUGAGGGAUUCCUGGAUAAGGCACGGAAUUUCACCAAAGAAAGCAACACGGAGAAGGACGUCUUUACCCAAGUCGAAAUCGAAACACUCGAACGGGUCAUCAAAGAGACAAUCGAAUGGAAGAAGACCGAAGUGGUUGAACAGAACAAACUAUCGCGAAAUACAGCUGUACGGCUGACAGUGAAGGACCUGACUGAUAAAAUGGCUCUGCUGGAUCGAGAGGUUAAAUAUUUGGUCAACAAACUGAAAUUGUGGCGACCGAAGGUGAAGCCAACGCCACCACCAAAGGUAGAAAAGACCAAGGAAGGAGAGGAGAGUGUGAAAGAAGAACCAGUGUUGGAGGAAACGCCAAAACAGACUGAAGAAACAGCAUCCGAUGAGCCACAGGAAAAGCAAACGACCGAACAGGACGAAGAUGUCAUUAAUCCGAGUAAAACGGAGGAAAGUUCCAGCGAAAAGCACACUGAACUGUAGGCAGAACCGUUGUGAUACUUUAGCACAUGUUCAUCCAUCCAUUUCUAGCUUGGUUUGAUGGUUUGGUCUAGUUUAAAUAUUUAUUUGUUUUUCAAGGUUUCUUUUUAGUAUUUGCUAAUGUCGCUCUCCCGUCUAGCAUAAUAUCAUUCCGUGGCGCAGGCCGAGUUCUCUCAUUUAUUUCAACCAGUUUGUAGGCUUUUCUUAGAAGAGAAACGAACAGCAGGAGGUAAUGCAUAAGGUGACUGAUAAGCCGUACAGGCACUGAUAAAUUGGUAGUGCACUUUAAUUAGCAACUAAUGAAUUGUGGAUAAAGUUAACAAUACAAACUACGACAAACAGACGACAAUUGGCGAACCAAAACAAAUCAAUUGAAAUAUGAACAGGAGGAAAUGUGAUUCCCUAA